UGUCUUUAGGACUAGUGAGUGUGCUCUGUGCGGCGCUCUCUCUCUCUGCAAAACAAACCGGAAGGGAGGAGGAUCUGUCUGCCUGUCUGUCGUCUUACUGUCUGACUGUGUGUGGCGUCGUGCUUAGGGAGGGAGACAGGCAGAGCCGGUUUUCGUUAUGGGAGUCAGCUAACAAGGAAGAACGACGACUAAAGUUUCAAGCGAAACAGAAGAAAAGUGCAGCAGUCCCGCUGGCUCGUUUAGCUAGUUUAUUAGUAUUUAAACGGGACUUCGAUAUGACAUUUGUCAAGUUAAUUCUUAUGUUUUGCUGCCUACGGGAUAUUAGAGGCCAGUUUGGAAACCCUUUAAACAAAUACAUUCGCCAUUAUGAGGGGUUGUCAUAUGACACAGAGACUCUGCAUAACAGUCAUCAGAGAGCCAAGAGGGCACUUUCUCCACAGGACAGGAUGGUGCACCUGGACUUCCACGCACACGGAAGGCAUUUUAACUUGCGCCUGAGCAGAGAUACAAGCCUGUUUUCUCCAGAUCUCAUAAUUGACGUGUCGGGAGAGGAGACGCCCACUGACACAUCUCAUAUUUACAGUGGAGAACUUUUUGGUGAAAAGGGCACACUGACACAUGGCUCUGUGGUUGAUGGACGCUUUGAGGGCUUCAUUAAAACUCAUCAAGGAACUUAUUAUGUAGAACCCUCAGAGAGGUACAUGGAGGACAAGAAUGUACCGUUCCACUCAGUCAUCUAUCAUGAAGACGACAUCCAUUAUCCCCACAAGUAUGGCUCAGAAGGAGGCUGCGCUGACCACUCUGUGUUUGAGAGAAUGAAGAAGUAUCAGGCGUCUGCUGUUCAGGAUGCAGGCAAAGGUGUUAACAUGGAGAUGGAAGAUGAUGGGUCCAGUGGUCCGGUCAUCUUGAGAAAAAAACGGGCAGCAGGGAAAGAGAAAAAUACCUGCCAGCUCUACAUCCAGACGGAUCACUUCUUUUAUAAAUACUAUCGCUCAAGAGAUGCUGUCAUUGCUCAGAUUUCCAGCCACGUGAAAGCCGUCAACACCAUUUACCAAGGCACAGACUUCAUGGGCAUCAGAAACAUUGGCUUUAUGGUUAAACGGAUCAGAAUCAACACCACAGAUGAUGAGAAGGAGUUAACUAAUCCGUUUCGCUUUCCCAACAUUGGGGUGGAAAAGUUCUUGGAGCUUAAUUCUGAGCAGAACCACGAUGACUACUGCCUUGCCUAUGUCUUCACAGACAGGGACUUUGAUGAUGGUGUGCUUGGUUUAGCUUGGGUCGGGGCUCCUUCAGGAAGUUCUGGAGGCAUCUGUGAAAGAAAUAAGCAAUACUCUGAUGGCAGGAGGAAAUCUCUCAACACUGGGAUCAUCACUGUGCAGAACUACGCUGCACACGUCCCUCCUAAGGUGUCUCACAUCACCUUCGCACAUGAAGUCGGACACAACUUUGGUUCUCCUCAUGACUCUGGGAUCGAAUGCACCCCCGGAGAGUCCAAGCUUAAGGACAAAAAGGACGGCGGGAACUACAUCAUGUAUGCCAGAGCCACAUCAGGAGACAAAUACAACAAUAACAAGUUCUCUAUCUGCAGCAUUCGCAACAUCAGUGGUGUUCUGACUAAGAAGAGAAAUGACUGUUUUGUUGAGUCAGGCCAGCCUAUCUGUGGUAAUGGCCUCGUAGAAGAUGGGGAGCAGUGUGACUGUGGCUACAGCGAUCAGUGUACAGACUCCUGCUGUUACGACGCUAAUCAAGAGGAGGGCAAAAAGUGCACGCUUAAACCCAACAAACUGUGCAGUCCAAGCCAAGGGCCAUGCUGUCAAAGGGACUGUACAUUUAAGGGCAACACAGAGAGUUGCAGACAGGAGUCAGAAUGUGCUCUAGAGGGCAAGUGCAAUGGACAGACUGCCCAGUGCCCAACCUCAACGCCAAAGACAAACUACUCCACUUGUCAUUCUGCAACACAAGUCUGCAUUAAUGGGGCCUGCACUGGUUCCAUUUGUGAAAAGUAUCAUCUGGAAGUUUGCAACUGUGCCAUCGAAGAAAAGGAAGCUGAAGCUGCAGAGCUGUGCCAUGUCUGCUGCAUGGAGAAAAAUAACCCCAGCACCUGCAGCAGCACCAGCUCAGACAAAUGGGUCCGUUACUUCAACAAGACUGUGAUAACGCUGCAGCCCGGAUCACCCUGCAACGACUUUAAGGGAUACUGUGAUGUCUUUAUGAGGUGUCGCCUGGUGGAUGCUGACGGGCCUUUGGCCAGACUAAAGAAAGCCAUCUUCAAUCCAGAGCUCUAUGAUAACAUUGCAGAGUGGAUUGUAGCUCAUUGGUGGGCCGUGCUGUUGAUGGGCAUUGCUCUCAUUAUGUUAAUGGCAGCCUUCAUCAAGGUCUGCAGUGUCCACACUCCCAGCAGCAACCCCAACCUUCCUCAAGCAAGGGAACUUCCAGCUACACUGAGAAGGAGGAAAAAUCCACAAACAAGGUCUCGGCAACGGCCUCGUGACGAGCCUCCACAGAGAGAGCAGUACCAGAUGGGACAGCAGCAUCCGAUGGGACAGCAGCAUCCGAGGGGACAGCAGUAUCCGAGGGGACAGCAGUACUGAGACACUCCUUGCCUUGCUUUUUAGUGCCUACAACAAGAGCACUUCACUCCAAAGAGUUACCUUUACUACAGAAUGCAACUUUCAACAAACUUUGAACAGAAACUUUUUUAAGGGACAAUGCUCAAAUGUUUUUUUUCCAGGGCUAACAGUCACACACCAUCUUGUUCUGAGAGCCAGUUGAAAAGUGGUUCACAUACCUUUUGUAGGAGAUGAAAACCAAUCCAAGGAAGAACAGGGGAAGAAAUUCUCUAGUCUGUUGUCGUCUUAAUCAUAUAAAUUGUCUUUCAAUGCGCUUUUCUUUUUCUUCAUUUUAAUCAGAAUGAACAAGACUAAAAAUAUUUUAUUUGUGCAAAACUCCCCCUGGUCUGACACGCAGCCGUCGUUGGCAUGACUGCAGAAACUGUUCCUGAUGGAUAACUUAUUUUCUAUCCCGACUGACGUAUGAUGGUCUGUGAUGGAGUCAUUGGGCCUUGUUUCAAAUGAAAUUGAAUUUCUGAGUGAUUUUCUGUUCCAGUUGACUUUCUCAGGAUUAUUCAGACGAUAAGGUUGAUUACAGGGUGAGGUCCAUCCUCGCUGAAGCCUGUAGAGGUUUACACGAGCUGCUGUGUGAUGCAGGAGACGGGUUCAAAAGAAUGUAGAUGCAUGACUUUAAUUCACGUACAUAGAGAUCAGUGAUGACAGAACAGAGAUAUUUAAAAUGUGGUCAUAGUGAUGGUUUUGCACUUGUAUUUGCAUAGUUAUAUAUAAUCUAGGACUUAAAUCCACGUUGGACUGAUUCAGUAGAAGCUGGAAACUGAUCUGGGCACGUUUGUCUAGAGAAAUAUUUAGUGCCACAGUUUGGUCGUUCUUAUUGAGUUCUUUUAGUUUCUUUUAUUUAUCGGUCUGUUUCUUGUUGUUUAGCUGUUAAAGGACAAGCCAAAUGAAACCACUUCUUAACUAUAGCGUCCGUGUUGCCUCUGCUGCCAGCUAAAGAUUGUCUGGUCUGAAUGUGAUCGUCAGCCUCGACUUUGCUCAUUUUAAUAGCAGCUUAGAUUAUUUUGCGUUUGUGGGAGAACUCAAUCACUUUGGGGGGGUUAAAAUAUAGAGAUUUAAAAUCUAUUGUUGUUUUUUAACUGAGAGAACAAUCAAUAUGUGUUGCCUACUGUUCUUUUUAUUUCUUUCCUGUUUGGGGGUUUCUUGUGCAGCGUUAAUGCUUUUGUUGUUACACAUGAUUUGUUUGUUAGUGCGUUAAAAUGUGCCUACGGUGCAACUAAAGUUGGUAUUCUAGUGUCUGGGACCAUGGCAGAAAGGGUGCACCUUAAAAGGGUUUAAAGCCUGAAUUUGAGACUGCAUAAGGCCUCAUGUCAGAUGUGUAACAUUUACCACAUAAAUGCUUUGCUGGCCACUCGAAGAUGACUAGUCCUCCUUUAGGGUCAGUUGGAUUCAUAUCGACUGACGUGUGAAGGAGAGCACAAAUCACUCAAAAGUCACGAUUCUGGUGAAAUAUACAAGCAUAUUUCUUCAAUUCAAAGAGCAUCAUUCAUGCAGCAGAGCUGUGUCUGAUGCAACUCGACUGUUUUUCUGCCGUGUGUUGUUGAUCAGAUUCUAAGCAACAAGCAGAUGCCUUUAUCACAUCCUCCGGAAAACAGGCACAUUAUAUGAAUGAAUCUAUUUUAUAAUAAAAUGUGUUCAGAGUGUUUGAAUUCUCAGUUUCUUCUUGCUGAAUUUGUUUGGUGCUGCUGUUAUUUUUUUAAAAAGCUUUUAGGUGUGUGUGUGUGUGCGUGCGUGCGAGCGAGCGAGCGAGCCGUUUUGCUGUAUUAUCCUUAUUUUGUUGGCAGAUGUGUAAAACAUUGGGCUGAAACUCUGGGAAAUUUCCUUCACACGUUGCAUGUGAUGUGGAGAAAAUGUGCACUGACAUUAAAGAUUAGGAAAAUGCAAAAUGGCUAAAACAUCGGACUACUCUCGGAUUUCAGUGCCUCUGUUUUCAGCUUGUGUUCAUGUCCUCUGCCGUUUCUCAUACUGCUUUAAAGUUUUUACAAAAUUUUCAAUGAUUUUAUUUCCUUUGAACUACUUGAAAUGCAUAAUAAAACUGAGUUAGUCGA